CGCGCCCCUCGCGCGGCGUCCUUCUCGCGCCCGGGCUCCGGCCGCAGCGUCCCGCCCGUCGGCCCCGGCAGGCCCGGCGCGCUAACGCUCUCUCUCCUUCAGCAGCCAGCCAGCUCUGUGUCAGGGUCGGGGGGUGCAGAGAGUCAGGACAGAAUGCAGGGUGGCCCGGCCCCCAACGCGGCCGCGUCGUCAGUGGCAGAUGUGCACUGCACCCCUCCCAGCGGUAGGUCAGAGCUCUUCCUGCCGGGCACGGCCGGGGACUUCAGCCUGAGCGCCAGCCUGUCGGCCUGUACGCUGCUUUAUGAGGGGGCCGUGGAGCCCAUGCAGAUUGACGUGGACCCGCAGGAGGACCCGCAGAAUGCGCCCGAUGUCAACUACGUGGUGGAGAACCCCACCCUGGAUCUGGAGCAAUAUGCGGCCAGCUAUAGCGGCCUGAUGCGUAUCGAGCGACUGCAGUUCAUUGCUGACCACUGCCCCCCGCUGCGAGUGGAGGCCCUGAAGAUGGCCCUGUCCUUUGUGCAGAGGACUUUCAAUGUGGACAUGUACGAGGAGAUCCACCGCAAGCUCUCGGAGGCUGCCAGGGAGCUGCAGAAUGCACCUGAUGCCAUCCCUGAGAGUGGCGUGGAGCCCCCACCCUUGGACACAGCUUGGGUGGAGGCCACGAGAAAGAAGGCCUUGCUGAAGCUGGAGAAGUUGGACACAGAUCUGAAGAACUACAAGGGCAAUUCUAUCAAGGAGAGCAUCAGGCGUGGACAUGAUGACCUGGGUGACCACUAUCUGGACUGUGGGGAUCUCAGCAACGCCCUCAAGUGUUACUCCCGGGCCCGGGACUACUGCACCAGCGCCAAGCAUGUCAUUAACAUGUGCCUCAACGUCAUCAAGGUCAGCGUCUACUUGCAGAAUUGGUCCCAUGUGCUGAGCUACGUCAGCAAGGCAGAGUCCACCCCGGAAAUCGCCGAGCAGCGUGGGGAGCGUGACACCCAGACUCAGGCCAUCCUCACCAAGCUCAAGUGUGCGGCAGGCUUGGCUGAGUUGGCAGCACGCAAGUACAAGCAGGCUGCCAAGUGCUUUCUGCUGGCUUCCUUCGACCACUGCGACUUCCCUGAGCUGCUCUCCCCCAGCAAUGUGGCCGUGUACGGUGGCUUGUGCGCUUUGGCCACCUUUGACCGGCAGGAGCUGCAGCGCAACGUCAUCUCUAGCAGCUCCUUCAAGUUGUUCUUGGAGCUGGAGCCACAGGUUCGGGACAUUAUCUUCAAAUUCUACGAGUCCAAGUAUGCCUCGUGCCUGAAGAUGCUGGAUGAGAUGAAGGACAACCUGCUGCUAGACAUGUACUUGGCUCCCCAUGUCAGGACCCUGUACACGCAGAUUCGCAACCGGGCCCUCAUUCAGUAUUUUAGCCCCUACGUGUCAGCUGACAUGCGCAAGAUGGCCACAGCCUUCAACACCACAGUAGCGGCGCUGGAGGAUGAGUUGACGCAGCUCAUCCUGGAGGGGCUCAUCAACGCCCGCAUCGACUCCCACAGCAAGAUCCUGUAUGCCCGGGACGUAGAUCAACGCAGCACCACCUUUGAGAAGUCUCUGCUGAUGGGCAAGGAGUUCCAGCGCCGUGCCAAAGCCAUGAUCCUACGGGCAGCCGUUCUGCGCAACCAGAUCCAUGUCAAGUCCCCUCCCCGGGAAGGAAGCCAAGGGGAGCUGACACCGGCCAACAGCCAGUCCCGGAUGAGCACCAACAUGUAAGAGCAACCUCCGUCUUCAGGAUGGUCUGCGCACCCCCACCCUGCCCACCCCCCACCCUCGGACUCCUGGGCCUCUCAUCUGCUCCAGCGGCACCUCCGGAGGUGUUGCCUGUGGCCCACUUGCAGGGGUCUGGCUGCUGACUGACGCUAG